GCGGCCGCUCGGGGACCACUGGCAGCGGCGUCAGCCUCCGCCCGCGCCCUCCUCGCACCCGAGGCGCCCCCCGGAGACCGACCCCGUCCCGCGGCCCAGGCGGGGGCCUGGUGAGACCCGCAGGCGGGCCGGGGGGUCCUGUACCGGCUCCCGAACGGGGCGCCAAGAACCCAGCGCGUGCUGCGUCUCCACUCGGGGCCAUCACCACCUCCAACGAGCCAUGUUCCAGGCUGCAGGAACCGCCCAGGCCACCCCAUCUCAUGAAGCCAAAGGUGGCGGUGGCGGCAGCACGGUGCAGCGCUCCAAGUCCUUCAGCUUGCGGGCCCAGGUGAAGGAGACCUGCGCCGCCUGCCAGAAGACUGUGUACCCCAUGGAGCGGCUGGUGGCAGACAAGCUUAUUUUCCACAACACCUGCUUCUGCUGCAAGCACUGUCACACCAAACUCAGCCUGGGCAGCUACGCGGCGUUGCACGGGGAGUUUUACUGCAAACCCCACUUUCAGCAGCUGUUUAAGAGCAAAGGCAACUACGAUGAGGGGUUUGGCCGCAAGCAGCACAAGGAGCUCUGGGCCCACAAGGAGGUGGACCCUGGCACCAAGACAGCUUGAGGCCUUCCACUCCCUCAGUGGGGCCAGGUCAGGGCUUGGACAGGGGCAGGGCGGGAAGGGAUGAGGCUUGCUCAGGCAGAGGGGCACAGGGCAGGGCCCGGCUCCAGGACUCCUUCCUUCUCCCCCAGGGGUGGGGGUUUGGAACCAGGAUUGGGGUUUGCUCACCGCCCUGCUUCCUGCUGCCUUCCACCCCAGCUUCCCUAUCUAGGUGCCUUUUCUCCAGCAAGGAGUCAGCAUGCCCUCCUCAGGGUCCUAAGCUCCCUCACUGCCACCCGGGCCUGGCCAUGUCCGACCCAUAAGUCUCCCCAUCUACCUCCGCCCUUAGCCUGGUCCUGAGCCAUGGAGACAGAGAGGAAGGAGGGUGCCACCUGUUAGGCCUCAUGGAUGCUACUGCACGCCCGUGGGGGAGGGGAUGGGGAAGUGGAGCCACCCUGCCCAGGCAAGGCAGGGCCUGCCCCAGCGGGGCUUGCGACCAUCUCGAACCACCCCUGUCCGUGGAGAAGCGGAAGUAAAGCACCCGCCAAGCUGAGCACCCCAGAGACUGGCAGUGGGGCUGGCCACAGCCCCCUCCCCUCCUGUUUCUACCCGUCUGUCUGUUGUGAUCAACCCCAUUUUAAACAUGUUUAAAAUGUUUAAACAGUU